GACUAGAGGGACCACUACUAUAAACACAUCUAGAGUCCCUGCGAGAGAAGAAGUCGUUGUUUUUCGCCAAGUUUGAGGAUCUUUUGCGGCUGUUUUAUUUUAUUAUUUCUUUUACGCUUUUUGUGCUCCGUGAAAAACUCUGAAAACAGACAGAAAACUUGGGAGACGAGGCAGCCACACGACAAAAAUUGCAACUUUUUGCUCUGAAAGUUGCGCUCAUAUGAUUUUUGUUCUCCACAUGGGAACUUGAACGUAUUUAAAAGUAAAAACUACAUACGGAUUAUCUGUUUGCUGUGAGCUUCAACGCCGUCGAGCGACUUUCUCCAGCGGGGAGCAGAAAACGACAUGUAGCGCAGGAUCAAGGCACCCGUUCAUGCUCUUCCUCUUCCUCAUUGUCCUCCUCCUCCUCCUCACCGGACAUCUUUGGGAAUGGGCCAGCGCCUUGCCAGGGUGCAUCUUUCCACCCGGUGGUGUGGCUGGCGCCGUGCGAGAGUGAGGAGGGCAGCGGCCAGGUCAUAGAGCCCGCCCACCCCUCGCGCCGCUUGCGUGGUCCAAAGUGACUUUUGACCUUUGACUCAGUUGUGACCUACAGCCAGCCAUGCCCUUCCGGCUGAAGCUGCGGCGCACGCGGCGCUACAACGUCCUGAGCAAGAACUACUUUGUGACACGAAUUCGCCUGCUGGACAGCAAUGUGAUUGAAUGCACUCUGUCAGUGGAGAGUACGGGACAAGAAUGUCUGGAGGCAGUGGCCCAAAGGCUGGAGCUACGGGAGACCCAUUACUUCGGGCUGUGGUUCCAAGGAAAGAACCAAGCCCCGGCCCAUCGCUGGGUGGAGCUGGAGAAACCCCUCAAGAAGCAGCUGGACAAGUUUGGCAAUGAGCCACUGCUCUUCUUCGGAGUUAUGUUCUACGUGCCCAGUGUUUCCCGGCUGGAGCAAGAAGCCACCAGGUAUCAGUAUUACCUGCAGGUGAAGAAGGAGGUGUUGGAUGGACGUCUCCACUGCACAGUAGAGCAGGGGAUCAGACUAGCUGGCCUAGCAGUACAAGCUGACUUUGGAGACUUCACUCAGUUCAUGUCUCAGGACUUCCUCAGAGAGUACGUGCUCUUCCCAGUGAACUGGCCUAAUGGAGACGAGGUGCUGGAGGAGUGGACCCAGAAAGUCGCUGAGGAGCACAAGAGUCACUGUCGAAUGCAGGCUGCUGAAGCAGAGCUGCUGUACAUCAAGGAGGUGGAGAAACUGGACUUCUUUGGCCAGGAGAGCUUUCCUGCUAAGGACAACUACACCAACGAUAUUUUCAUUGGUGUGUCCUUCAUUGGGGUGUUUGUCAAACACAGAAAUGGCAGAUCCAUCAUGCUCCACAAGUGGAAGGACAUUGGCACCAUAGCACACAACAAGUCUGCCAUCACAGUGGAGAUAACAAGCAGAGACGACACCAUCAUUUUUCACAUGGAGGAUAUGGAAAUGGCCAAGUACAUCGCUCGUCUUUUCACGGCCAGACACAAAUUCUACAAACAGAACAAGAUCUGUGCAGAGCCCACUCACUCACCUGCACCAAUCAGGAGGAGACCCACUUGGACUAACCGCCGAUCUCUGCCGCGGCCCCAGUCCUGUAACUUCCAGUCAAUGCAUUCCCAGUAUGGAGAGCAUUAUCAGGACACUCAGAGCUCUCAAGAUAGCAUCUUCCAUGACGACCCCUACUACAAGUCUGAGACCAGUCUGGACCGCUGUCAGGUGGACUUUCCCUUCCGAAAUGGUACCGUGCCCAAUGGAAGCAUGUACAGCAGCCCUAGCCUGAGCUCCCUCAAUCAUUCCCAGACUUUUGUUCCGCCCUCGCCCAUGUCCUCCAACCUCAGCAUCCCCGGCAGUGAGCUCAUGCGCCCUGACUACAUCCCCAGCCACCGCCACAGCGCCAUCAUUGCUCCGUCCUACCGGCCCACGCCAGAGUAUGAUGCUGUCAUGCGGCAGAAGCGACGCAUGCUGCCGGCUCAUCAUGACCUCCAUAGCCAAUCUCUGCGCAGUCUGAACAUUAGUAAUGCGUGUGCUUACCGCCAGCCUGAGGCUCUGGUAUAUAGCCAACCAGAGAUGAGGGAGAGGGGCCCUUAUCAUGGCCUGGGGCCCAGCCCAGGACCAUACACACCGCAGAUCAGCUAUAGUAAGCCAGUGUCCCAUGGCCCUCAUCAGGGAGGACCAGCCAGCAACCAGGGCCCCUGUCAUUCACCCUGUGUAAAUGGAGGUGGAGGCAGUGGUGGGGUUGCGGGUGUAGGAAGCUCCAUCUCUCACACUGUCAGCACACCUGAGCUGGCGAACACCAAACAACAGGGCACUAAUGCGGGAAGCUAUGCAGCUACAGCUAACAUGCUGAGAAACCACAUGUCGCGCCCUCCUCCACCUUACCCUUCCAGCUCCUUCCGCCCGGCCACCAGCACCCCGGACCUGGCCAGUCACCGUCACCGCUGCAUUGGGGGCAGCAGUCCGGAGCUGGUUACCCGCAUGGUGCAGCUGUCAGUCAAGACUUUCCAGCCGGACAGCUCGGCUGUGGUGCACCAGUCCUUGCAGGAGGUUAGUGAACCGUUAACUGCAGCUGCUAAGCACCGCUCCACCCUGGGCAAGAGACACAGCAUGGAGGUAAUCAGCAGCAUGAGAGGAGGUGGAGGAGGAGGGAUGGAGGGUUUGGUGAUGAAGGGCUUGAAUGCUCCCCUUCAUCGGAGGAAUACUCUCAGAGAACAUGUGAUGCCCCCCCAGCCUCAGUCCAUUCCUCAGCCCCAGACACAAAGCCCUCAGCCACAACCCCAGCCGCAGCCUCCACCUCCACCUCAGCAGCCACAGGAGUUGCCCAUGCAGAUGCCUGCCCAGAAAGCACCUGAGGCUUCUGCAGCUCCUGGGCCGGUAGCCUACCAGCAUCAAAAGACUCUCUCUAAUGCUACCAUGCUCAUACAUAGUAGUGAGAGUGAAGAAGAGGAGGAAGAGGAAGAGGAGAGGCCUGAGCUGGAUGUUCAGAUCCCAAGUCUCAAUGAGGACAUCAGCAUCAGCGCUCAGCUGCAGGCUGCUCUGGCCAAGCUGCCUAACAAACCCCCUCCAGAGUACCCUGGUCCUCCUAGACCUCCUAGCAGUGCUCAGAUCCGCACCCACAAUCACAACCACAUUCACCACCUCAACCAUAAUCAAGGACUACAGAGCAACCAGGGACCAAUGAACCCAAACCAAGCCCUGGGCCGAGCGCUCAAAACUGGGCAGAGCUCAGGUGGUGGCGGUGCAGGUGGUAGUGGUGCAAAUGGUGGUGGGACACUGACCCGGGGGGACCAAGGAGGGGUGAAUGGAGCGGUUUUAGGUCCAUCCAUUUCAGAACCGGACCUGACCAGUGUGAAGGAGAGGGUGAGGAAGGAGCCAGUCAAAGAGAGGCCGGUGUCAGAGAUGUUUUCCUUAGAAGACAGCAUAGUGGAGAGGGAAAUCGCUCAGAGGACGCUGGAAAGACAGAAGAUGUCUGUGGACUCCAUGAAGAGACCGCUGAUGAUGGCCGCCCUCAAUGGCCUCUACGUGGCCCGAAUGCCUGUCCCUGAGAGUCCUGUGCAAGAAGGGGCCAAAAGUGCUACAGACGAACGGUGUAAGACCUUGGAGUUGAAGCUGGAAGAGGAGCGGGUCUUCACUGAGUAUGAGCAGGUUCCCAAGAAAAGGGCAGACUGUGUUCUCACAACAGCAACUCUGCCCGAAAACACAGAGCGCAACCGUUUCCGUGACGUUGUUCCGUACGAAGAGAAUCGGGUCGAGCUUGUACCAAACAAGGAGAACAAUACGGGCUAUAUCAAUGCCUCGCAUAUGAAGGUGAUGAUCAGAGGGGAGGAGUGGCACUACAUUGCCACCCAGGGUCCGCUAGCCAACACCUGCGCAGACUUCUGGCAGAUGGUCUGGGAGCAGGGGGUCAACGUCAUCGCCAUGGUUACUGCUGAGGAGGAGUGUGGCAGAUCCAAGAGUCACCGCUACUGGCCCAAACUGGGCUCCAAACACAACUCGGCCACGCAUGGAAAGUUUAAGGUGACCACCAAAUUCCGCACCGACUCAGGCUGCUACGCCACCACAGGGUUAAAGGUCAAGCACCUGCUGUCCGGCCAGGAGAGGACAGUCUGGCACCUGCAGUACACUGACUGGCCUGAGAAAGGCUGCCCCGAAUAUGUCCAGGGAUUCCUCUCCUACCUAGAGGAGAUCCAGUCAGUAAGAAGACACACUAACUCCAUGCUGGACACCUCAAAGAGCCUCAAUCCACCUGUGGUGGUGCACUGUAGUGCCGGGGUGGGUCGCACCGGAGUGGUCAUCCUCACUGAGCUCAUGAUUAGCUGCCUGGAGCACAAUGAGCCAGUGGAGGUUCCCACCAUGUUGUCGGGGCUGAGGCAGCAGAGGAUGCUGAUGGUGCAGACCAUUUCCCAGUAUAAGUUUGUCUACCAGGUCCUCAUCCAGUUCCUCAAGAACUCCCGCCUCAUCUGAGCCCCGGGUUCCUGACAUUUGACCUUACAUGAGGAGGCAGGAUGGCACCAUAUAACAACAACGGUACUUCAAAUUAGCACGAGGACUGCUACCAACCAAUCAGUUUUACUGAUUGGUUGGUAGCAGAGUUUUCUGUUUGGCAGUUUAUGUUUAUGGAAAUUUAAGUAGAUUUUCAUACAAACUCGCCUCUGGGGAGGAAAGGAUGUGUGUAGGCCUGUAUAGAAAGAACAUUUCUCCUAAUAAGUGUAUUCAGAUGUUCUUUUUCCCCCUGGGUAAUAUUUUUGGACCUGGUCCUUCUGUAUGGAGAGUGCAUGUUUGUGAGUCAGCUUGAUUUGCCUGCAGGUGUGAAUGUGUUAUUGAGAAGUCUUUGGAAAUAUCUUGAGAAAUCUAAUGUCAGUUUCAGUUUACCUGCUACAUUUCCCAUUCAGCCAUUAUUAGAAAUGGCACUAUGCUGCAUGAACAGUAGGUGGCAGCAGUAUUAUUACUAUUUUCUAUACUCUGAAAGAGUUUGCCAGACAAAAGUAUUCUUUAAAUCACUGUUCUAAAAUGUUCAUUUUAUUUUUAACAGAGUAUUGAUUAAUACAGCAAAUAUUUACUUCAACAUUAUAACAAAUGUUUUUAUUUAUUUAGAUUGUGGUCACCUUUGCCAUUGAACGGAGCAUUGAGAAGCAUGUUGAUCCUUGUCCUGUCAACUUACUUUCCUUCUUUUGAACUUAAUCUUUACUAUAUUUUUCGGAAAGCCUUCCUUGUCAGUGUCAAAAAGAUCGCUCCAAAUUUCCUUUUGCAGUUGCCUCAUUGGAUACAAAUCUAUUAAGAUCCCUCCUCCACACACACAGUAAAUUCUCACAGUUGCUUGUUUGCUUGUUAUCACAUUUCUUACCUAAAAGCAUUUAAGUCUAUAAGCUGUUUGUCCAAUGAAUUGGAGACAAUUUAAAAUAUCAUUUCACUCUUUGCAUAUGCAGUCACUAGAGAAUUAUGUCCUUAUAUAGCAAAUACAGCAUCAUUGUGCCUUAUUGAAACAUGAAACAAGGGGAAGUUGCCUCGCUGACAUCUCUAUCGUUGUUAUGGGGCUCUGGUUGGGUUUUCCUCCAAAGAUUAAAUCUUUAAAUCCGUAUUUAAUAUUUUGUGUUUUGUUUAAAGAACAACUCCAACAUUUCAAAUAAUUUACCUAAUUCUCAGUUAAGGAUUUGGCAGUAAGAGAAUGCUGAUGUAUUGGUUUAUUUUUUAAGGAUAAUAGUGUAAAAGUGACACAACUAAGAAAAGGCAGCCGUUAUAAUAAUCUGAUCCAAACCAGGUAGAUUUCUAUGUUGCCAUUCCUGUUCAUAACAUUACAUUCUGAAGAAUUUCCUUUUACAUGUUUAGUUAAAUGUACUUUUUAUUUUUCUGAAUCGUAAUGCAGUCAGCCAUGUCCAGAGUAACUUUGUACAUAAUGGGCAUGUGAGAAGAUUUCUAAAAAUGUUUUAUAUAGUCUCUUUUUUUGACUUGGUACCCUAAAAAUACCGCAACAUAAUAAACUAUGCAUGCAUUUUUAUAUUUCAAUGUAUAUAUUCUCAAAUAAGUCUAAGCUUUAUGCUUUAAGUGUUUGUUGCACUUCUGUUCUCUUUGUGACAGUAUUUUCUCAUACUGCAUUCCACUGUUUGUUAUAUUUAAUUUUUCCCCUUUUUGGCAAAACUACCAGAUACCUUUCAAAGUAUAUGUACAUAUGUUUUGUAUAUGCGUUUUGAGUACAUCAAGUUGUUUGUUUUUCUCUACCCUUGUAUGAAGCUGUCGUACUUGCUUAUUAUGCAAUAAAGCCUUAUUUUCUUUAA